AUGGUGGCUGGUAGCAGCAUCGAUCCCAUAUCCCAGAGCUUUCGAUUGGAAGGGGUCUUCGCACUCUCAGAAGUGCUCAAGACCAACAAGGCUUUGACAAAUCUGAGCCUGUGGAAUAACUCAAUCGGGAACGAAGGAGCCAUAGCACUUUCAGAAACACUCAAGAUCAAUACGGCGUUGACAAGUUUGGGCUUGGGGAGUAACUUGAUUGGGAAGAAUGGAGCCCUCGCACUCUCAGAGGCACUCAAGGUCAACACCGCCUUGACAGACUUGAGCUUGGGGGACAACAAAGUAGGGAACAGAGGGGCCAUCGCAUUCUCAGAGGCGCUCAAAACCAACAAGACUUUGACAAAUUUGAACUUGUUUCGGAACUCAGUAGGGAAUGAGGGAGCUCUCGUACUUUUAGAGGUACUCAAGAUCAACACCACUUUGACAAGGUUGGAAUUGAGUCAUAUGUCAAUCGCGAAGGAAGUAUACCUGGCUCUAUCAGAGGCACUCAGAACCAGGCACUAA